AUGGUUGAGUCUUCAUUGACCAUUGUAUCGAUACCACGGGGCACGGACCAAGAUAAAUAUAUUAUAUCGAAAAGUAUCGAUCGGGUCAAUAUUUUGGCCUUUCGAGAAGUUACAUCUGACAUAAGUUACCGACCGGCGACCAUAGAAUAUAUUAAACAUUCUUUAAUCAAGGUUUUCAUGAAGACUGGACUGCAUCGAUACGAGUUGUUACAACACGGUGAACAAAUACAAUGGAUACAUGAAAUAGCAUCAAACCGAUAG